UUUUGACAGCAGUACAGUCAAUAAAAUUUAAUUUCUAAAUUAAAAUUUGCUACAAAAUGAGCCAUAUAACGACUGAAUAUUUGCGCAACAAAUUUAAGGACUAUCUAAGCCCCAUAACUCCUGAAGUAGCCCAACGUAUAGUUGCAAACUAUAACCAAAAGGAGAAAUUGGAGAAACAACAAAAAAAAGAAGCGCAACAACGAGCUAGCGAAUGUUGCUAUAAACCACGAGAGAAUCCACGUGCCGAAGAAUUAUUACGAAGACUGGAGGUCAAAAUGGGGAAAAGAGCACCUGAUGAUAAAACACCGAUUUUUGCAGCUAGUUGGGAUGAACUGCCGCUGGAGUGUCCCUGUACGAGAAUUCAGCAAGGUGUAGAGCGACUAGGAAAGUACCAAGGAAUGGAAGAGGAGUCCGAAGAAGAAGAAAAUCUGAGUUUAGAUGACGAAAGUGAUGAGCAGCCGAUUCCAUUGGCAAGCCCUAAUACUAGAAGACGCGGCAAAGAUAUGUGGGUCAAGUGGAUCUCAAGUGGCAACUAUAAAUAUGAUAAAGAUGAACACAUAGCUCAAGGCUAUGGACAAAUGCCAAGCUCUGCUAAAGUGAGCGACAAGGAUACAACUAUGAUGCCAAGCGCUGCUAAAGUAAGCGGCCAAGAUGUUAUGAUGAAGUCAAGUGGCAACAUUAAUGAUAAAAAUGAACCCAAGUCAGCUCAAGUCGAUGGGCCAAGUUCUUCUAAAGUUAGCGGCCAGGAUAUGAUCAUGGAAUUCAAGUUAGGUGGCAACAAUAAUGACAACAGUAAGAAGAAGAAAAAGCACAAGCAUAAGAAGACGAAGCAGAAACCAAAGGAAUUGAAGAAUGAUAAUCUAAUGCAGCCAGAUCAAACUGACUUUUUCGGUUUUACAAAUGUAAUGAACGUAAUGGAAAAUGCAACAAAUGCUAACAAGGGAAAGAAGAAGAAGAAGCACAAGUCUAAGCAAAGUAAUAAGCAGCAGCCAACUGCAGCUGCAACUGAGGCUGCUAACCAAGGAGGCUGGUUUAAUAUUCAAAAGCCUUUGCCACAAAAUAAAACAACGAAGUUUGAGUGGCCAAUGGACUCUAUGAUGACUGAUCUAGGUACAGAGCCAAAAAAUACAUAAAUAUAUUUUAGAAAUAAGCUAUUUGAAUAAAUUUUUUUUUUAUGAAUAUAACAAUUUAAUAAAAAAUGCAGAGCCAGAAACAGAAAAUGCUGAACCAGAGACU